GGGACAAUAAUGUGGCAAAAAGUCGGUAUUUCGUGUUUGGUUGGCAUCGGGACGUUGUUGAUCAUUGUCCUCCCAGGACAAGGGACUUUGAGCUUUUUGAAUCUCAAACUCAGAAUCAUAAUUGCGCCACUGACCGACCGAAGAGUACAACUAAUGAGCGAACUCAUAGCUGGGAUACAGGUUGUGAAGAUGUACGCCUGGGAGAAACCGUUCAGCCAGAUUGUGUCAGUAAUCAGAAAAUUAGAGAUCCAUCAAAUUAAAUUCUCGUCGUACGUGCGCGCCGCGUAUUUGGCCAUCAUAGUCUUCACUGAACGAUUGACCGUCUACUUCACCCUGAUAACGUUCGUCUUAAUGGGAAAUAAUUUGACUGCCGAUGUGACCUAUGAAAUGUCGACAUACUUUAACAUACUUCAACUCGUCGUCGCGUUGUACUUUCCACAAGGGCUAAUACUGCUGGGUGAAUCAAUAGUGUCAUUCAAUCGAUUGGAGGAUUUUUUGCUGAUGGACGAAGUGAACACGAGACGCUUCUCGGAGAACACGCCGCAGUUUAAAUCUCAGAAAUCAAAGGAAGAAACUAAUGUAGAGAAUCAAAUAGACAGGUACUCGAGAAAUGGGAGUGUCGUUCUGUCUGAACAUCAAAGAUUAUCUGAUCUUCCGGUAUACGUAAAGCUUCAGGGAGUUUCCGCCAAUUGGAUCAGUGGCCAAUUGCCGCCAACUUUGUGCAAUAUUAAUUUAACUAUCAAGCCAGGUCAAUUGUGUGCUGUAGUCGGUGCAGUGGGCUCCGGCAAAUCGUCCAUAUUACAUCUAUUAUUGAAGGAAUUAAAUCCCGGCACGGGUUCCGUAAUCCUUACUCAGGGCUCCUCGAAGUAUAAUUUUCCGGGCAAUUUAUCCACUGGAUACUUCACGAACAAUCCAAAUCUGCGUAUCUCCUAUGCCAGUCAAGAACCCUGGCUUUUCGGUGGUACCGUAAGGGACAAUAUACUGUUUGGCCAGUCCUAUGAUAAGGCUAGAUACGCGCAGGUAGCAAAUGUAUGCGCCUUGACGAAGGAUUUUCGACAAUUUCCGCAGGGAGACAUGACAAUGGUCGGUGAUAGAGGUGUAUCUUUAUCCGGUGGUCAAAGAGCGCGAAUCAAUCUCGCAAGGGCAGUUUAUAGACAAGCGGAUGUCUAUUUGCUCGACGAUCCCUUGAGCGCGGUUGAUACUCGUGUUGCUAGGCAUCUCUAUGGGAAGUGCAUCACCGAAUAUCUCCACGGCAAAACGAGGAUCCUUGUCACACAUCAAUUGCAAUUCCUUAAAAGGGCGGAUCACAUUGUCGUACUGGAUCGAGGUUUCGUGAAAAUGCAAGGAAAUUAUAACGAAUUAGUACAAUCAAAUAAAGAUUUCAUUGGGAUGUUGGACAAUUUGAUCCAAGCGCAAAGAAAUGAGGAGGACAUGAGAAGAGCUUCGGAAAUAUCUAAGAGAAUCAUAAUAACGAGACAAAUAUCAAGAUUAUCGACUACAAGUUCCAUCGCUCACUCGGACACUAAUGAUUCGGAUUAUGUGGAGAAUAGCCCGGAAGCCGAGAUGUCGGCACACGGUCGAGUAGCCGACAGAGUGUACAAGGAAUAUCUGCAUAACGGUGGCAAUAAUUUCACGCUAUCCGUACUGCUGAUGAUCUUCAUCAUCAGUCAGAUCGCCACUACCGGGAAUGAUUACUGGCUAUCAUACUACUUGGAGGAUGUUAGGCGUAUUGAAAAUACUAGUGACGUAACACAAUUCGCGAAUAUGUACAACAAUAGUUUCCUUGGGUCGAUCUUCACGUUGAACCCGCUGAGCACUAUGGAUGCCAUACACGUUUACACAUUCUGCAUCAUCGCCUGCAUCGCUACUACGUUGUUUCGCAGCUUUCUUUACAUGAAGGUCUCUAUGAACUCGAGUAUUAACCUUCACAACAUCAUGUUCUUCAAACUGCUGCAGACGCGCAUGUCCUUCUUCCACAAUAAUCCUUCCGGAAGAAUUUUAAACAGAUUUUCGAAGGAUAUGGGCAUCAUGGAUGAAUGGUUGCCCAAAUUGAUGUUGGAGGCGAUCCAGGGGUUUUGCGUAGUAUGUGGUAUAAUGAUCAUGGAGGCGAUAAUUAAUCAGUGGAUGCUGAUAUUGAUAGCCAUACUAGUUAUCGUGUUUUUCUUCGCUACGAAAUGUUAUAUGAAGGUUGGUCAAGACCUCAAACGUCUCGAAGGCGUAAUGAAGAGUCCCAUAUUCUCGUACGUAAAUGCUACUCUGAAUGGUUUGCCGACAAUCAGAAGCAGCGGCAUUGAAAUCGAGAAAUUAAUGCGAAAACGAUUUGAUGAGUUGCAAGAUCGUCACAGUGGCACAUGGUAUCUCUUUUUAACAUGCGUGACAGCCUUUGCUGUUGUUGCGGAUUUAAUAAUGUGCCUGUUCCUGGCCUGCAUUUGCUUUUCUCUAAUACCAAUGAAUGAGACUGGCAAUGUAGCCGGCAGCAAAGCAGGUCUAGCAAUGUCGUCAUUGAUCCUAAUCGUUUGUGUACAAUACACCAUAAAACAGUUUCGCGAGUCGGUGUCACUGAUGACCUGCGUGGAAAGGAUUCUUCAGUACACGAACCUUCCCAAGAAGGAACCUAUUAUUUCAGACAAUCCACCGCCACCUACAUGGCCAUCCCAAGGACAAUUGAUCUUGAAGGAUGUCAACAUGAAAUAUCAUAUGGAUGAUCCACCAGUUUUGAAAAAUCUGAACGUAUCCAUCGAGCCUGGCUGGAAAGUUGGGGUGGUUGGAUGAACUGGCACCGGCAAGUCCUCCUUGAUCUCAGCGCUCUUUCGCUUGUUCAAUGAAGGUCUAGAAGGCGAGAUCAAGAUCGAUGGUCGAGACACAAGUUCAAUGGGCCUGAGUGAUCUGCGCUGCAAAAUCUCCAUUAUACCACAGGAACCUGUGCUCUUUUCCGAGAGUUUACGUUACAAUCUGGAUCCCUUUAAUCAGUACGAUGAUUUGAAGCUGUGGGAGGUGUUGCGCACGGAUGCCUUAAUUCAGGAUACAAUAAGGAGCAGUUUUAAAGAAUGCACCGUUAUCACGAUUGCACAUCGUUUGAAUACGAUUAUAGAUAGCAAUCGGAUCAUUGUGAUGGAGAACGGUUCUAUCGUGGAAUUCGGUUGCCCAUAUGAGCUGUUACACGACAAACCAAAUGGUUACUUUUCACAAAUGGUGGAGAAGACGGGCAAUCAGAUGGCGCAAAGUCUUUUAGAACAGGCGAAGAAGGCUUGCGAGAAGAAUAACGAUCAUCGUGAAUUGAAUUUGUCGCCACAAAAUACUGAGUGUGAGAGCGAUACCACGCUUACAGAACAGACCACUUUAUAGAUUUUCUACUUCUAAAAAUCUUAUACUAAAAAUAUAUAUACUAUAUAUUGUACACAAAGUUAUUUAUAUACAACGACUUAUGAAACUGAUCCGCUCA